AUGGCCAAUCUCGAUGAGAUUAAAAGAGUGUUUGAAAUUAUAGAUGAAAAUAUGGAUGGAGUCGUGAGUGUGGUUGAAAUCAGCGGCUUCGUCAACGGAAUUGGAAUAACAAUUUCGGAAAAAGAUCUCACAUGUUUAUUCAGUUCUAUCUGCAUAGCUGAAGAGAAUUGUAGCUCGGUUCGAUUUGAAGAAUUUGCGCAUCUAUAUCAAUCCAUCUUCACUAAUGAAGACACCGAAUCAAAGGACCUGAUGGAAGCUUUCAGAGUUUUUGAUCGGAAUGAAGAUGGAUACAUCUCUUCCACUGAGCUGCAACAAGUCCUCUCCUCGAUGGGAUUGAUCGCGCAGGGCCAACACUGCGAGGAGCAACCUCAGGAUACAUCUAUUCCGGAAGUGCAUGUAGCCGUUCCCGAAAAAACAAAAGAUCAAGCGUCUAUGAAGGCCACUCUAUUAGGGAAAUCAAAUGAACAUACCACAAUUGAUGAUGUUGAUGUUGCUAAUGAUAUCUCCAGUGAAGCUAAACAUGAUCCUCUGGAAAUAGAAUUAGUGUCAGAGAAGAGAGUUGCAGAGAUAGGUGACGAAGAGAAGGGUAAAGAUGAUGAAAAAGAUGAGAGUGUGGAGGAAGCUUGA